GACUACGCCGGGCGGUAGCUGGCGCCGUACGCGGUGGGAGCUGAGAGGGUACCCGGCUGGCUCUGCUGGCGGCCUCAGCCCGGAUCUCGGUGCCGCAGCCCUGCGCUUCUCCCUCUCUUGUCUACGGCUCCGCGGCCCCAGGCACAGCAAAGGCGGCGGAGCUGUGGGCCACUGGCUUCGUGCACCUUCAUGAGUAAAAUGAAUCUAUUCAACUCCUUUGAGCUACCACCCAUCCCCAACAAGUGAAGAAACAGAACACAGAAAGAGAACAACAGAAAACCCAACAACUAACGAAACCUUUACAGUAUCUGGAGUAGAGCAGAGAAAUUAUUAUGCCUAUGUUCCCCUGGGACUCACUGGAAAUUGUACAGUGACAUCUGGGAUUUAGUCUGAAUGAAGUAUCAGAAAAACACUUCCCACCUGUAGCUGCCUGUCAGGUUAGGAGCGUGCAGCCUGGUGCCUAAGAUGGAAGUAGAUGUUAAUGGAGAGUCCAGAAGCACCCUGACCAGUCUGCCCUUGCCCGUGGCCGAGGCAAGCUCCCCGGGAAAGGCAGAGGCGGAAAAGCCCCGCUGCUCCAGCACGCCGUGCUCGCCCAUGCGCCGGACUGUGUCAGGCUACCAGAUCCUCCACAUGGACUCUAACUAUUUGGUUGGCUUCACAACCGGUGAGGAACUCUUGAAGUUAGCCCAGAAGUGCACAGGCGGUGAAGAGAGUAAGGGAGAAGCCGUGCCUUCUUUGCGCUCCAAACAGCUGGAUGCAGGACUUGCACGUUCCUCUCGUUUGUAUAAAACCAGAAGUAGGUACUACCAGCCAUACGAGAUUCCAGCUGUCAAUGGCAGGAGGCGAAGGCGGAUGCCUAGCUCAGGAGACAAGUGCACUAAAUCCUUACCUUAUGAACCUUAUAAGGCCCUCCAUGGGCCUCUGCCUCUUUGUCUUCUUAAAGGUAAGAGGGCUCACUCCAAAUCUCUGGACUACCUCAAUCUAGAUAAAAUGAACAUCAAGGAGCCAGCUGACACAGAAGUGCUACAGUACCAGCUUCAACACCUCACCCUCAGAGGGGACCGUGUGUUUGCUAGGAAUAACACAUGAGUGACUUGCAGAGAGUGUAAAUCAGUUUACACUUGGCUAGAAAAUUUCACUGUUGUACUCUGUACAGGACUCUUUACAUUAUAGAUGGUUCUAUCAGUUAGGUAUUCCUGGAACAUAAACAUUGUUUGGAUCAAAUUUUGAAUACAGGAAUGAAAUAACAGGUACUUGAGGGGUAAUCAUUCUAGAGCACGCAACUGCAAGGAAAACAGAAUGUUGACCAUUAGUUUGUAUAGCUUUUUAGCUAGGAAGAAAAGGCUUUGGUGCAGUAAUAUCAUCUUUAAGAUUCUGAUACUCAAAUUGGGAAUGUUAUCUGCUUGGUUGUUGCUGACUUGGUAUGAUUCAUUAGAAAUUUAUAUCUUAAGUACUCAAGUACUUCUUUAAUCUCUGUAUUUUACUAUAAAAUGUAUGUAAUGAUUUGUUUUAUGAAAUUUAGAACUUGAACAUUGCUAAAUUGGACCACUUUUUAUUUUUAAAUAUUGAGUUUAAAUAUUUUAUAACUGGUUUUGCACUGAAAAAAAUUAACAUUUCAGAUUGACAAGAGAAUAAUCUUUCUUCACUUGCCUCAAUAAUAUUAUUGAGCAAUGAAUUUUUUUAUUUCCGCAUGGAAAGUUAUUGAUCUCUAUGGCUGUAAAAUAUUUCUUUAUAGCGUUAUUAAAGUGUGUCUUAAUAAAAUUAAAUUUGGGAUACAAAGUAUUUAUUUUACAGUGGGGGGGGGAAACUUUUCCGAAAAGUUUCCAAUAUGAAGUUUUCAUAAGUUGAAAAAGUUUCCUUAGUGCUUAUUUUCUAAUUUAAAGUUCACCUGGAACUUUAAAAUGGAAAGGAUUCUUUAAAUUGUGGAUUAUAGGCAUAAUACUGUUUGCAUCUAAAUGUUCUGUAAGUGAAUGGAACUUUAAUAGAGGAAUUCAUGAUUUCUACUAUCGAAUGCUUAAACUAAGUAUGAAGUGAUACCAUUCAGCAUGGCAUCGGGUCAUUCCAGUUUUAGUUCUGUGCAGCACAGGCAGGCAUGCAUUGAAAUUCCAGUUUCUAGGAUUAGUGCUGGAGCCUAAAGUGCUUCUACAGUUUUAAUGGGUUAAUCCUGGAUUACUUAACAAUUUAUGUCAAUUGCACUGGUUUAAUUUGUUGCUAAAGAAAUAAUGCCCUGGCUUUAGUAACAAAUACAGCUCAACUAUUCUUGAAUAUAUUUUGAAAAAAAAUGUAUGUAACUUACCUUUUGUAAAAGUUUCUAUUUUUUUUUUUUCUUUUUUGACUCUUGAAGGUGCAAUUUAUUACUGAAUUGGCAUUUCUGGCAGCCUAGACCUGCUUAUUUUAGUUUUUAUUUCGGGGGCUGUGAGUUUCUAAGGUGUUAGCAAUCUUACUUAUAAAAUAAGAACACCUUUUAAUUAAAUUAGUGGCUCAUUCCUGGUGCAGUUGUGACUUUUCUUUAGCCGGAAUGAAUGACAAACUCUAUUUAGAACAGAAUAAGUAUUAGAAAACCCUAGGAACUCUUAAUCAAUGUUUAUUAUACUUUCACUGAGGCAAAUCAUGUGAAAGAGCCUUGGGAAAGUUGGCCCAUAUCUUACUGAGUUGAUCAUAUUUCUUGGUGGGCUGGAAAUUUUCAGCUGUUGUACAUUUUAAAGUAAAUUGCACCUUUGUAACAUAUUGUAUUGACGAAUGAUCACUAAGAUUAACUAUAUCUCUACAGUCAUUAGUUUGACAAGAAAUAGAAUCCUGUCAGAUGCCAAAGAGUUGGGAUUUUUACGUUUAAUGAUUAAACACCAUUAUUUAUUGAUGAUUUACCCUGUGGAACUGUAUUAUUUCUAACUAUGAAAUAAAAGGGUGGUGUAAACACACAUUGUUGUGUUGUGCUUUAACGAGGUCCACCAUCAACAGGCCAGUUUCUGUUCUAGGAUUUGCCUAAGCACUUAUUUUGACACUCCAUUUUUGUUAAGGAAAAUAAAAUAAUUUUGCUUUUGGUGCUCAAUCACUUUUUAGGGUAAAGGAUGUAUUCAUGGCAAUGAUACGUGUUCAGUCAACAACUGUAUGACUGUGAGAUCUGUCUCUGCCCAUGCGCCUACAUAAUUUCUUCAGCUAAAUAAAAGUAUGUAGCUCUUU